AUGACUUAUUUAUCGGGAGUGCGGUUCAUACUUGAUGUUUCAAGAAUGUUUUGAAUAAUUUUUGACAAGCGGAUAUUUAUUCCAAAAUUGACGGAGAAAGAUUUUCUUCAAAUAGCACUUAAUAUUUCUCUUGCGAACUUCUUGGAGGAAUCGAAAACAAGUAAUGAAUGUUUAUUGUGCACACCUAAAUGAAUUUUUAAACAAAAAUGGGACUGAUUCAUAUCAACUCAUACAUUCAUACUUUAUUACUUGCAUUGCUAAAGGUGCACCAAAAAGGAAGGCUAGGGAUUGCUACUGUAGAAUAUGCCAUAAGAGGAAACACAUACAUGCAUGCCUGGAAUGUCCCUAUUUCGGUUGUUAUCCUGAGCAUAUUCGAAUACAUCAUGUAACAGCAAAACAUUGCUUUGCUGUCGAACUUUUGUAUGGUGGAGUGUACUGUUUCAUUUGCUCAGACUAUAUGUAUCAUACAAAGCUCGUAUCAAUUGGAAGAAAGAAUAAAGUACUUGAAGCUAAAGUUCAUGGAACACAUUUAUUUUCUCCUUGGCAGCCAACUGCAGAACAAUUGCAUUUAAUGGGGAAAAUGUUUUUCGAGGAUAAUAAACUAAAAGUCCAUACGUUUUCUGGAUUAAGAGGUAUUCACAACUUUGGUAAUACUUGCUACAUAAGCUGCAUUCUGCAAGUUUUCAUACAUACUCCUCUAUUAAUGGACUACUUUUUGGGAGACAAACAUGUCUGCAAAUUAAAUUCAAAUUGUAUGGUAUGUGAAAUGAUCUCCAUAUAUCAGAAGUUUUAUUCACCUCAGAAGUGUGAAUUAGUGCUUGAAAAACUCUUAUAUCUAGUCUUUAAAACCGCAAACCAGUUUUCAAGUACAGAUCAGCAAGAUGCAGAAGAAUUUUUUUUGAAAUUCAUUGAUGUUCUGUGUAUGCAUAAUGGAGGAGUGUCUGAACCAGGAAUAUCACAUUGCGAGUGUAUCUUUCAUAAAACAUUUUCGUCUCUUGUCUGGGAAGAGACUUUAUGUUCAAACUGCUCUACUGUUUUGAAUACACGUUCAGAAGAAUAUCUGCUAUGCCUGUCAUUGGAUUUAGGAACUGAAGGAUGUACCAGUGAUGGAAAGAAGAAAACUAUAAAAAAUUGUUUAGAGAAGUAUACUUCAAAGCAGAUGAGGGGAGUCAAGAAAUUCUGUGUCGAAUGCAAUGAAGAGACUGACACAUGUACUCAACGAACUAUCAAAAAGCUUCCUGUUGUUGUCAGUUUACAUUUACAGCGCAAGUCACACUUUACAGAAGGCUAUGGAACCAAAAAAGUAACUUUUAUUAAAAAUACUGAGUUUGUUGAAUUUAAUGAUUGCUUAGAUUUGUCAUCCUUCGUUUCAUGUUUUUGUGAGACCAACAAAAAAAAUCCACCGCCAGGAUACAGUGUUUUGAAUGACUAUAGUAAAAGGUACUCUCUGUAUGCAGUUGUAUGUCAUAAAGGCAAUGUUGAUUCUGGUCAUUAUAUAUGCUAUGUGAAGUUGACUGAUAACGAAUGGUAUAUAUGUGAUGAUAGUAAAAUAAGAAAAGUUCAACCCAGUGAAGUUUUCAGUGCUGAAGGGUACAUGCUAUUUUAUCACAAGAAAAUUCUGGACUAUGAUGUGGAUAGCCUGUGAUGUUCUUGUUUCUUUUUUAUUUACUGUUAUAAGUUGUUGUAUGUACAAUACUGUAUAAAACUUUAUAUUUAAAUAAUUAAAAAAUCAACCUGAAA